CGCUUCCACAGCCGUUCCGAACGCGCGUGUUGUACCAAAGCCUCUCUCUCUCUCUCUCUCUGUCUCUUCAUAACCUGUCUCGAAACACGCUUUGCUGCGCCGCCCAUUCACUCUCACUUGCGGGGGAGAAACGGUCGGAGGAAAAGACUGUUUGUUUUGUUUAAUUUGUCAUCUACUAGAAAUCUCCCAAACAAACAAUUCAGAAAGAAAGAAAAAUCCUUCAAUAAUUGCAUUCCCCCGUUCAUAACAAGCGACUACAGUACAACAGCUUGUUUGUUCAUUAUAAACAACCCGAGAGGCUAAACAGCAGAAAAAAAGAAAAUCAUAAGUGCUAGACCGACUCGCAAACAGAGGAAUUCAAAGAGGAUCCUUGCCAACAAACAAGGCAUUUGAUUCUACGUGUUUUACUUCAACACAAACUACCACAGGAUACGAGACCGAGAUCUGCAUUGAAAAAGAGUGCAGGAAGGACUGUUUCCGGCGACACUGCUGGUCAAUGCAGCUUCCGGUGGCAUUAUCGUAAUAUGAUUGGUCGGGUGUCGGCCAUGCUCCACCAUGUGGCGGCGGCUUCCCUUCUCCUCCUGGCAGCCCCAGGCCUCGGAAACCUCAGUCCUCAGCCCCUCCCGAGCCCAGUGAACCCUCCUUCCUAUCCCUCUCCCGCUGCCCUCUCCCCCUCUGCCCUCCCCACAGAUCCUCGUGACAUAAUCCCCUCCCUGUCGCAUGACCAGCUGCCCGCCCCCUUGCAUGACACCGACAGCCCAUUGGAGUUCUUCGCCUCUAGUCAUGGCCCUUCUCAAGCCGAGGACCUUACGUCGCCCCCCCGCACCGAAGACCCGAUCCUCGAGGAGACGGACCCGCCCCCCACCUCCGCCCCUGAGACGCCCCUGCCGCCCUUCGUCCCGUCCCCUGUCGACCCCUACCAGCCCGGCCACGCGGCUGCCCUCCCCCACCACGGCGUCGGGGCGAGCGACAGCGCGACCGGCCCUCCAACCAACGCCCUCACGUCCUUCCUCCACCUCGCCAACAGCACCGGCGGGUUCUCCAUCACGGAACAUCCCGAGCACAACGCCACUCUCUCCCACGAGGAGUUCAAUAGCAUCCUGACGCGGUUCAGCCUGGACGCCCUUCAAGCUACACAGAUCGCCGAGCGUCUGGGCAUCAGCGGCUCGGGCGUCGCGGCGCUGGAGCAACACCUCAUGCUCGGAGGGAAUCUGGAGGGCCCUGGAGGAGCCGUCGACAGACCCCACGCUCUCCCGCUGGACCGCAACCCCCGGACGACCCCCCAGCGGAGGAACGGCAACCAGGACUUGUCGCGCGCCACCAAGAGGCUGUUCUUAGGCGACCAGUCCCUCUGCUACAGCGGGACUUGCGAGUUCUUCCUCUUCUGCUGGCUCAGCGGGGGCCUGAUCGACGGCGGCUGCGGCGGCUUCCUCUUCGCCUGCUGCACGAAGCCCAACAACCGGGGGCAGCGCGGCCACGAGUCGUACCGCGACGACAAGUCGGGCUUCGUCCCCGUCGACUACGGCCCCAUCAGGAACGACAGAGAUUGCGGACUGAGUGCCAGCAGCCGUUUGUCCGCGCAAAGGAGGAUCGUUGGAGGCACUGAGGCUGGGUUCGGCUCCUUCCCUUGGACGGCUUACAUUAGAAUUGGAUCCAGUCGGUGUGGUGGCUCCCUCAUCAACCAGUACCACGUGGUCACUGCUGGGCAUUGUGUAGCGAGGGCUCGAGCACAUCAGAUCCGGGUCACUCUCGGGGACUACAUCCUCAACUCCAACAAGGAACACUUCAACCCACGCAUCUACGGAGCUUCUGAAAUCAAGGUUCAUCCAAACUUCAAGUUCACGCCCCAGGCCGACAGAUUCGACGUGGCCGUGAUCACCCUCGACGCCCCCGUGGCCUACGAACCGCACAUCCAGCCCAUCUGCCUGCCGGAGAAAGGGACGGACUGGCUGGGGAGUAUCGCCUGGGCUGCCGGCUGGGGAGCGCUGCAGGCCGGUUCGAAGCUCCGGCCCAAGACACUGCAGGUGGUGGACGUGCCCAUCCUGGACUCCCGCCUGUGCGAGGACUGGCACCGGCAGCGGGGCAUCAACGUCGUAAUUCACGACGAAAUGAUGUGUGCUGGCUACAACCAGGGCGGGAAGGACUCCUGCCAGGGGGACUCCGGAGGCCCUCUGAUGAUCCAGGACGGCGGGCGCUGGUACCUCGCUGGCAUCGUGUCCGCCGGGUACUCGUGCGCUCAGUCCAAGCAGCCAGGAAUUUACCACAAAGUAUCCUACACGUCUGACUGGAUAUCUUACGCUGCGAGGAGCUGAGAGGCCACGAUCUCUCAAAAUACCUAAGGAGGUCUUAUUCCUGGUCUCCUUGGGACCUAUUCUAACCUGGGGGCAGUUAGGGGUCUUGUGUAUAAAGCCCCAGUAUAUGUGAACUUUUACGUGGCGAUACUACUCAAAAAAGAAAAAGAAAAAAAAAAAGGAGAGAGAGAAUUAGAGAGAUUUUUGAGUUUAGAUUCUCAGGCUUACGAUCUAACUCCUACUGUUUUGGAUGGUAGUUCCUGUUAUGUAUAAUUUUGGAACUAAAAUAAGUAGCAUUCUUUAAUAAAAAGGAAGGAGAAACAAUCGGUGAAUUAAGAUUAUGAUAAGGAAAAAAUGUAAGAGAUUAGUUUUUUUUUUGUUUUUUUGAGUAGUGACGUCACAGAUUUGAAAACCUUCCAGUCAGGGAGCGUCUUUGUGAUGACGUCAUCAAGAUGGAACCCACUUUCCCUGUGAUACCACCUCAUUAUUUUAAUGUAAAAAACUGGUGUUAUUCAGUUUAGCGUAGUGUGAAAAAAUAAAUAAGCGAUGAUAUAAUUAGGUAUCGAAUCCCAUUUCCAGGAAAAUAGCCAUCCGGUUUCAUAAUUUUGAGGGGUCGUGGAUUUACGAUAAAAAUAAGAAAAGAAAAAGAAACAAAAAUCUUGAUUCGGUACGUUGAAAAAAUGAAAUAGAUUAUACAGUUUCGUACUCAGUAUUAUGGAUGUAAUAAAAAGCCUCAGCGUAAAUCUAUUAGAUCAAUGUAGGUUUAGGAUUUCGAAGCCACCGAUCCCGCGACCUUCAACAGACCUACUCAGGGGAAUUUUUUUUUUUUUUUCUUGUUACUGUUACUAUGAAAGCUCAGACUCGGCAUCAGUCUUCCUUAUGUCUUCUGUUCCGUUGAGUAUAUUAGCUUGCCAAAGAAGUGAGGAAGAUGGUGUUCCAAUGUGAAAGAAGGAAAACUAGUUUAGGAAAUCACAGAACAGAAUAUAAAUUAUUAUUUUUUAGAUUUUGUCUUCUGGAUUUCUCGUCGGAAAAUCAUAGAAAAUGGACUGGAUUCCAAUUUUCUUUUUAAGCAGUAACUAUUAUUUUUGUGUUUCUUUAUUUGUUUUGCGUGUUGAUUGUACAGAAUCCACGCUGUUGACUUAUGGGGCCGCUGGCAGCUCCAUGUAAUUGUUUUAGUAGAUUAUUAGCAAGUAACUUAUCUAUUGCAGUAUAUAAGGAUAAAUACACACGUUUUUUUCCUUGUGAAAAAACAGGUGAUGAAAAUUAUAAAAAAAACAACCGUGUCAAAGGUAUGUGUUGUAUUGUAUAUUAUUAUUAUAUUUUAGGUAUGGCAACAACAUACGCAAUAGCUCACAUUUAUGUUUACAGUGUGUAUUGUUUUUUUUUCGUGGAAGAUUGGCAUACGCAAAGACGGCCGAUGGUUAAGGCAGAAGGCGGGAGAUUUGCUCGAAUUAAUACUCUCACAUAUCGCUUUAGUCCUCUCUGUCUUUCACUCUUUAGUGAAAUGAACAGCCGUUCUACAGUACUGUUAUUUUUCUCUUAUCAUCAUCACUGCGUUCGCUGUCAGCUCCUUUCGUAUGCAAUCUUCCAUUUUUUAUUUGGUUUAAUCAUCGUAAUGUUUUGUUUUUGUUGUCUCCGCGGGCUGGUUCCGCAAUGUAUACUUUAUUGUAUAUGAUGUGUAUAUACAAUAUAUAUUUUAAUAUCUGAAAAGAUUUUUUAAAAAACAAA